GUCAUUAAGCCGCGACCACAUCUUUGACCAAUCAAAAGUCAGGAUUGACCUCCGUGUUGGUACUGUGGAAUGAAGGAUCUGGCUCUGGCGCCUAGCUAGAAAACGAUUACUACAUUAAUGCAGAUUAAAAAUAGUAUUGUCGCGAGGAUCCAGUGUGGUUAUUUAUCGAGCUUUCAACAAACCCCAGGCAGCGAAAGGCUCUGCUGGCAAGAGGAAUGUCUGGGCUAGUUUGCUAAUGGCAAUGCUAUAGUAGCUCGGCAGGCUCGUCUUUAGUUUCUCAUUUCUGCGUGAUUAGAAAUACCGGCGCAGCGAGACUCUAAAGGAUGAGCGUUUCAUUUUAUAAAGAAUUAAAAGAUUACAACAACAACAACAACAACUGAUCAAUAGGUUUCUUCUUCGUUUGGUUGUACAGCAGAAGAAUUCGCAAUGAACUCAAAGCGCAACAACGGUGAAAACGGGGCGGGCAGAAUCAACCCAGUGUCGGUCCCAACAGCAACAAACAGCUCAACAGCGAGCGCUUCUCACCGUAAACAAACUAUAAUCAACUCGUCCCAUAAGGGAGAGAAAGAUGAGUGCAUGCAAAACACAGUCCGGGACAAAAACCUCUCCAUCUCCACACUCAGAACUCGCCUCGGACCGACCAUCCGGUCCACUCUGUCCGCGGCAGUGGACACCCUUCUGGGCGAGAUCGUGACGGUGCUGUCCGAAACCCAGAGGGAGCUGUUGACCAAAGAGCAAGAGAACGAGAAGCUGAAGGUUCGGCUCGAAGUCUCGGAGAGAGAGCUCAAGACGUUACAGGAGUGUCUGUGUAGCGCUCAGAAAUUAAUCGACCAACUUCAGGGUCCCUUUGGAAACGCGUCCAUGCCGGGACAUCACGUCUACGCCACCUCUGGACAAUUAAACUCGAGCCGCUUGACACAUCGGAGUGCGCCCGAGCCGGAUCCGCGCUGCUUUACUGGAGCUGAACCCGAAUUGAGUGGCGCUCUGGGUGAUGCCAUACACGGCUUUGACUCCAGGGAAGAGUUCAAGAGCUGCCACCUCUCCAUUCAGGCGGAUGGGACGGUGACGAACAGUUUUUAUGACCCUAUAUCCGUCCAUUCCUCUAACAUUUGUUCAGACAUGAACCGACCUGGUGAGAUGGUGGAUGACAGCAGAAGACUCUCACACCCCAGACCCCCAAACCCUCCCUCACACACUACCUUCUCUAUUAAAGAAGAGCAGGUUCCUGCCUCUGGACAGGUGUGUGUGCGGGGAAGAGAGGCGCCCACAGAAGCCGAGCACUCGGCUCAGAGCGUGUGUGAUCUGGCAUACGUCCACGUGGUCGAGGAGGAAGGAGGGUCCCGUUCACACCAUCUCCCCUCCAAACCUACACCACCGCCCCCCUCCAGGCCUCACAAUGGACCCUCCUCAAGUAGUUCACCUACGCAGGGGACCUCCGGACUUAGAUCGGCCCAGAGAGAUACUCCUGGUUUGGGAAUGACUCCCAGGAGGAGCCCAGGGGUGGGCGGCUCAUCUCCAGAAGAGCCUAUGCGGCGCUCUAUCUCGGAGUUGAUGGGGGAGGCACCUGGAGAACGACCUCACUUGUGUUUGGAGUGCGGCAAGACCUUCCGUCUGAUCUCUAGCCUGAAAAAGCACCUGAGGAUCCAUACAGGAGAGAAACCGUACCCGUGCACCGUGUGCGGCCGCCGUUUCCGUGAGUCUGGGGCUCUUAAGACUCACCUCCGCAUCCACACGGGUGAGAAACCAUAUUCCUGCUCUGAUUGCGGAACGCAGUUUCGCCAUCUCGAUGGUCUGCGGAAGCACCGCCGUACACACACCGGUGAAAAACCGUAUGUGUGCAGCGUCUGCGGGAAACGCCUCAGUCGCCUGCAGCACCUGAAGCACCACCAGCGCAUACAUACAGGAGAACGGCCUUGUUGCUGCCCACUCUGCCACAGAGGCUUUAAGGAUCCGGCCAGCCUGAGGAAACACCUCCGCGCCCAUCAGGGGGAGCCUGGAGCGGAUGAAGCAAUGGGCAUGGCCGGUUUGGGAGAGGGGGAUGGAGGAUCCAUGGAUGAUGAAGAUAUGAGAUUCGGGAUGUGGGGGGAAGAAGAAGGAAAUGAAGGCGAGCCUGUGGUGGACUGUGUGUAGUCAAGCAAACAGAUAAGCAAAAAAAUUAACAUUUUGGUGAAUUUAACCUCUUUCUUUUUUUUUUUUAAAGAGGACAAUUUUUUCCUUAAUUUUUUAAGACCGAAAUGUGAUGUUGACUCUACGAUCGAGGUUACAUCUUGUCCUGGAUUAAAAAAAAACACUGUCAGUGGCAACAUUUUCUUCUUUGAUUGACUUUAAAACCUACGUUAUGUAACGUUAACAUGAUGACUCUUCCCAAAUAUCCACUUUACUUCAAGUACAUAUUAUAUCCGAUGAUGUCACAGAGAUGUCACAUAAUCAUAUAGACCAGGACAAAACCACUGCAGGUCUUGCAGGCUUUUCCUUCUGUGUUUUAGUGUUGGGGCUGUUGACGCUCCAAUGGGACUAACAGGGUAUGGUAUGAUCUGUUACUCGCAAUUAUGGGUGUUGUCAUUGGUGUAAUAAUCAUUUUAAAGGAUUAGUCCACUUUUAAAUACACUUUUCCUGAUAAAUUUACUCACCCCCAUGUCAUCCAAGAUGUUCAUGUCUUUUUUUCGUC